GGAGUUAGCUAGCCCCUGACUUGGCGGCAGGUUGCACUGAGCGGGAGUUUUCAAUCUGGCGGGAGAAGAAGAGGACAGACAAGCGGACAUGGAACCGACACCGGAGUUCUAUGUUCUGUGGGACCCACUAGAGCCGCCUCUUAGGCUGAACCGGUUGCCGACUCGCUCGCAGAACCGGCCUUUCUACUCCGCCCUACUACCGGCCUCCCUCCCAGCCCAGCUAGUAAUCUUUAGUUUAGGGGACUGGUCUGGAUUAUCUACAGAUGCAAAAGUGGAGGUGAAACUAGAAAACGGCACGAGUAAAGAACACAAGCUGGGGACACUUACGCACAAGUCCAGAUGCUUCCUGUGGGAGCCGGGCACUAAGGAUGUCUUGUCUUGGGCGAUGGAGUCAGAAAAUUUGAGUGUUUCCAUGGUGGUACAUGGGCAGGUUAUUCAGUCCCUUGGGGCAAAGCAGGAACGUGGGAAGAGAAAAAGGAUCAAGGGAAAGGAGGAGGAAAAUAUUUGCCCUAACAAAGGCUCUGGGAAAGGACAUCAAGCAGUACAGAAGAGCAAUAUUAUUAAAGGGAUAACUGCUGACACGCCCACAGGACGCUGGGGCCACACGCUUUGUCCUAUUGAUUACCAGACGGUGAUCCUCAUUGGUGGGCAGGGAACAGGGAUGCAGUUCUGUAAAGAUGCAAUGUGGAAUCUAAACACAGAAAGCCACAAAUGGGCACCAGUAGAUACUUUAUCUGACCGUUCUUCUCCAGAAAGUCGUACUGGCCACACUGCAGUUUUUGACCCUUCUAGCCACCGAAUUUAUGUCUUUGGAGGAUCAAAGAACCGGAAAUGGUUUAACGAUGUUCACAUCUUGGAUACUGAGACCUGGAGGUGGAGAAACAUUGAGGCUCGGGGUAAGGUCCCUCCUCUCUCUUAUCACAGCUGCUCUUUAUUUCUGGGUGAGCUUUUUGUUUUUGGAGGAGUUUUCCCACGUCCCCAUCCAAUACCAGAUGGCUGCAGUGACUCCCUCUACAUCUUUGAUCCACAACAUGAGAUAUGGUAUCAGCCCAUCAUCCUAGGACAGAGACCACGUGCUCGUUCAGGUCAUUCGGCCUGCCUGCUGCAUAAUAAGCUGUAUAUAUUUGGUGGAUGGGAUACACCGGUCUGCUUCAACGAUCUCUAUGUUCUGGAUCUGGGCCUAAUGGAGUUCUCCGCUGUUGAGGUUAAGGGUACCUCUCCUAUUCCUCGCUGCUGGCACACUGCUGCUCCUAUUUCAGACUUCAGUUUCCUGAUUCAUGGAGGGUAUGAUGGGAACAAGGCCCUAAGUGACACAUACAUUUUUAACAUAGGCACAAAGACUUGGACAUCCCUUAUUCACAGUUCUCUGCCUUGUUCUCCCCGCGCCGGUCACUCCAUGCUUCCGCUCACAGGUGCAAAUGAUGAAAAUGAGGAGACCCCCCCACGGGAAUUACUCAUUUUUGGAGGAGGGGACAACGAGGGAGCGUUUUACAGUGACACCAUUAAGCUUUCCUUGGCACUUCUUGUUAACCAAUAAAAUUAUAUAGCUGUCUUUUUUUUUUUUUUUUUUUUUUUUUUAAUCUGCCUUCAUAAUAGAUCAGCUGAUAUUCUUCUAAAUGUAUGUAUAUACUAUAUUUUUGUUGUGUUUUUGUCUUGUUUGAUAUUUCAAAGUUGUUUGUAUAUAGUCAAUUUUAUUAAUGAAAUCUAUGAUUUUAUUGCUAAAAUUAAUUCUUAAAAUCCCUUUGCAGCAAAAAAAUUAAAUAUCUGGCAAACGUAAUGUUCCCAGUAUUUUCCCUUGGAAUAGCAUAGUAAACAACCCUGAUGUAUAUUGUAAAAAAUUAGUUGUAGAUUUAUAUAAAAUAAAAAUUUUAUUUUAAGGAAGAAAAAACAAAAAACAAUAAAAUAUGCUACUUGACUUUUAAAAA